AAACUCCAUGGAAACUCCCCGGCGCAAGAACAGCUCCGGCGACAAGUUCUCCUUCCCAAACAUUCUCCCAAUCCAAACCCAAGACUCUGAAUUCGAAUUCGGCUCCAUUACACCCAGCUCCCCAAACUCUCCAGCCGACCACCUAUUCUACAACGGCCGUCUUUUGCCACACGCUUUUCCAUUCCAACCCACAACCACCGCCGGCGCCGGCGCAUACACUCGCUCGACUAGCCGGACCGGCAGCGUGAGCAGCAAGGACUCAUUAAUGUCGUCUCGGAGCAAUAGCAGCAAUAGUAGGAGUAGCAGUUGCAGCACCAGUGCUAGAACAAGCACUAGUGAGGCUUCUGAUAUGAGGAGGCCAUUGAAUCGAGCUAAGUCGGCGAACAAAACAUCGUGUACAAGAGAUAAGUGCCAAGCUGUUUUGAAUCAGCAAUAUGGGUCUUCUCAGAGAUGGCAGUUUAUUACUCCGGUGCCGGUUUUGAACCGCCAGGUUUCACGGCGGCAAAGCAAGAAAGGAGAGAAAAAAGGCAAUAAUGGGUCCGGCGGGAGGGCCGGGUUUGGCCGGAGGUUUUUGAGGUGGUUCAUGUCAGCAUGCAAAGAGUGUCAUGCUAUUGAGCCCUGCAAGAGGCUGAAAGGAAAUAUGUGAAAGUGUAAAAGGUUUUUUGUUUUUUGUUUUAAUUUUUUUGGCAUUAAUUUUAGAAUUUGCUACGUUAUUGGUUGGAGUGAUUUUGAAGGAAAAUAUGCUUUUGCUUUUAAAAGCAGAAACUGCUUUGGAUUUUGGUGUUAGGAGAUGGGCAAGUACUUUCCAAAAUGCUAACAAAUAGGUCAGGUUUGUUUGGGCGGAUUAGAUUAGCAUUUUUAUGACUAAUAGUCUUAGGAUUACGAAUCCGUUACAUUAUGUAUUCUAUCUUAA